AUGGAUUCUCCGAGGCCUAGGUUUGACGAUGGAACGUCUUUGAUAUUUCACGAUCGCAAUGGAGCAGAGAUAUCGAGGGCGACUUCGCCAGGUGGAAGUCCGCAGGAGGCGAACGGUGUUUUGCCCGACAUGAGCUACAAGAAAUAUCGAAAUAGGCCCAGAACGUUCCCCUACUUCUCCUAUCUCCCCUACGACUUGGAGGACGAGCCAAGACGGCAGCAGGAUCUUGCAGAGAUACUGAAACACCUUUACAUCGCUGUCGAGGCUGGGGACUUCACUCCGGGGGCAAUACACUGGACUAGGGAGCUGAGAAGUUGGCUAUCCUUGAAAUUCGAUCCUACCAAGGAGCAGAGAAUAAAGCUGGUGAGGCUCUACUACGAGUUGGCUCUUGCACCGGGAAUUGAGCCCUCCGUAUCUGAGAGAUUUGCCAGCAUGUUUAUGCUUUUGACCAAGCGGAAACACUACCUUCGACCGCUUAAAGACCUUGUGUUGGACUGGAGGCCACUUUACAGAGAGAUCAAAGUCUUUGUCCUGCCCAGCGAGUCUGGGCUCGUUCAGACCACAAACCUCAAGCGCAAUAUCAAGACCUUGGUGAAGCUGUGCACUUUCGCUCAACUGUACUUUGAUCCCGAGGAAGUACCGGAGGUACUGAAAGAGAUCCUUCCGUAUUUCAGCACCUCUUUCACCGAGAGCGCCUUUGUCACUGUAGGAUUGAUUAAUCUCUUCCUUCCGACUGCCCCUGCGCCAUCAGAGAAGGAAAAUCUUCUGCCUCAACAUUUCCUGCCAACGUACUAUCACCUUUGGUCCUUGGUAAACAGGUCGAGAACGUUUGAUGUCAACUUCCUGGACUUAUUCUCUCGAUUAGCCCGCGAUUCGCUUCCAGCCAAACAAAUACCAUUUUCCGAAUUCGGCAUAUUCACAAAGGAGCAGACUACAUUGAUUUACACAGCAAUAUUAAGGUUGCUAGAGAUUCCGGUGGGCCAGGCCACAUCUCCAUACAGCGCGCUUGUCGACCUUUCCUCAGGUCUAGGAAUCAUGAUAGAUCGAGAUUCUCGAAAACAUCCAGUCGCUCAUCAUAUCGCACGAUGGAUUGUGAUGUCGUUAUCACCUGCCUGCUUAGACCAGGAAUUUUCGAUACUAUCCCUACUUGAAGGUCUCAUACAAGCUAUCGAAACCUUCUUUCACCCUUCCAAUUCUGGCGCUUGGACGAGAACUCUAGCCCAACUCACGUAUUAUCUGGCAGACUUCUUCGUGAUGCGUUGGAAUCGAGAAAAGAACGGCGAGAUGGAAGUACCUACCGAGAGGAGACUGAAUGAAGCGCUAAAGCGACGAUUCGUUCUCUGCUUGAGGGAAGUGAUAUUUAUGGGAAUUUAUGCCAAGAGCGGAACGGCAAUGAACUUCUCCCUAUCUACAUUACAAAGUCUAGCCUAUCUGGAACCUGAUCUGAUUCUCCCAGGAGCGUUGCAGCGAAUCUAUCCUUCCAUGCAAGGUCUGGUUGAAGUACACCGCACGACAUCGUCGCUGAGAUCCCUGCAGGUCCUUGCUAGGACUCUGAUCCGUACGAAAGGCUAUCGUUGCCACAUUACAGCACUGCUAGGUCUUGCACUUCCUGGCAUCGACGCCAACGACCUAGAGAAGAGUUUUAUCACCUUGUCAUUUUUUACAACCGUAUGCUACAAUAUUCCAUUUGAGGAUCUCUCUAAAGGAAGAGAUGACGUUCAAGGAAACAUGCUUGCAAUGCAGUGGAUUACGACUGAGAUGGAGAAAAUGGAACAAGAGGGGUCGGAUAUCCAGCUUAACUACCAGUCGAUGGACGAGCAGGAAGAGGGAAUGAUCCUGGCUUCUUCGACUGCUGGACUUAGCGAGUUUGUCACUUCUUUCCUUGGUCGAGUGUUUACAUUACUGGAGAACCUUCCGGACGCUGCUCGCCUGAGGAGCGCAUCUCCGGAGGAGAACAUCGUUAACACCCUACCUGCAGCAUUCAUGCCCUUGCUCUCGUCAUUGUCUUCCGAGCUGUAUGACAUGGCAUUGAAUAAAAUCGUCGACUUUGUUGCAAACCAUGUCAUUCACCAAGCCCGGGACGCCAUGGCUUUUAUCUGCAACGUCUUGUGCAAGGUCAAUCCUGAGAAAGCUCUAGCAAAGCUCAUCCCUGUUCUUAUCAGCUCCAUCAGAACUGAGAUCGACGAGAAUGGAGCAGGCUCAACAAGAAAUGCAGCGGCUGACGUUCUUCCACGAGAUCGUGGUCUAGUUUGGAAUGUCAGCAUGCUUAGCAUGUGUGUUGUCCACGUUGGUGAUGCUGUUUUAAAACAUAAGCAGGAGCUGUUCGAAAUUGCCAUUUACAUGCAACAGAAGUGUAAAGGGAUGCCGACCGUGCAUAUAUCAAAUUUCAUCCAUCACUUGCUGCUGAACUUGACAGUCACAUACACCAACGACUAUUCCUUGUUUGAGCCAGAGUCUGUUGCGAAGGGUAUCUCCGCCACUCACUGGGGCAGCUUUCAAAAUCCUUCCAAGCUGAACAUCAAAUGGCACGUACCUAACAGGCAAGAAGUUGAGUUUGCGGUUGAACUGUUCGCGGCACAAACCAAGUCUGCUCUGAAACAGUUGGGAGCUUUGACCGAUGGCACUUCGCCCAUCAAGAGGGACGGUAGUGGCAAAGAAUGGUCUGAUGAGGUUUCAAGGAACCUCGUCCUGCUUCGAUUGGUCCUCUCUGGUAUUUCGGUGCUCUUUGAUCCGAAAGGUGUCUCCGAAGGACUCACCACUAUGGCCGCUGGAGUUGACGCAGACAAGUCGAUGUCCCAAGCAAAUGGUCAUCUACCUGAAGAACCUCUCCACGAGACAGACCACGAUGCCACCUUGGAUGGCACAGAUGAGACCUCCAUCAAACCCUCUUUCCAAUACCCAACAGGAUAUUUGCUAGAUCCCAAGGACCCUCUCUACGCUGAUAUCCAUUCCCUCCGGCAGGAAACGGGCAGAGUCCUACAUGAUGUCCAUCGCUUCCUAAUAGAGAAGCAAGAGGAUGAUGUGUCGUGUUUUGGCCCCCUGUAUACAGCUUACCGCGCCUGGUUUGUUGAUGUUGGUAUUGAACGCUCUGCACAUCUUCUUGAUCGCGUGACGAGGCUUCUUCAGGCUGAUGAGCAGCCCUACAAAGUCAGCGGAGUCAGGAAGGAUUAUCCAAGACCAAUCCUAAUUCGUCGAGCGAAUGUUUAUCACGUGCAACGUCUUCGACAUAACGCUGCACCUCGUGCUCGUUCAGAUUUGGACGAAUUAUUACUUCUCGACUUGGCGGAGUCGAGCGUUUCACUCUAUACGGAAGUGCGGCGCAAUGCCCAGACAGCUGGAGAAUCUGCCCUUAAAGUCAUCUUCGGUGCCCGACUACUUGUCAUUCCACGAUUGCUGGAAGCCUUCAAACAAGCAGUCAAGAACAACGAUUUCCCACGUAUUAAGGGUGGGAUGUAUUCACUACUUUUUGGGAGUCUGGCAAAGACCGUUGGGCGGCAUUGGAAAUACACACCGGACGUUAUCAGGACUUUUAUCGAAGCGGGGAGUGCUGACAAGCCGUCGAUCCAGAAACUAUGUAGCGGCGGCGUCUUUCAAAUCAUGGAUUAUGGUCGCCCAGUUGAGCGAAUGGCAAUCCUGAAUGAGGAUAUUGUAAAAGCUAUAGCGCCAGCCGAGUCAGUUGAAGAGCCAAUACUCAAGAAGAGGAAGUUCAUCGUUAAAAAACGGACAAAUAUUGAAAAAAAGAAAUUUGAAUUGGCAGAGGAGCUCAUAGCUCUUGCAAGGGAGUCUCAUUGGAAGAAGGCCACUCGCACCGCCACCAUCGUGAUGUCGCUUGGUCUUCGGUUUGAUUACGUCGCCUCAGAGAACAUGAUCAACCUAAUCACUGUUGGGGCUGUGGACGCUCAUCCCGGUCUGCGUGGCAUGUAUUCUCAAACUUUGGUCGCGCUCUUCACCAUGGUUGAUGUCAGAGCGGUAUGCUCUCACGAAUACUCAAAUUACAUCCAGGGCAAGCAGCACUUCCCAGCUAAGAUAGAGGUUGCGGUCAAGAGCGACGAAGAAGGCUGGACAGAGAAGUUUCUGGCAGAUUUUGCACAACCUGAAGCAGAAUACUAUGUCGACCAUGACUACCCUGGUUGGCUGGUAUGGGGCAAGUCCAUGCCAGCCUACAAAGCGAGCAUCAGGCAAGAUAUUGAAUAUGAUGAGCUCGAAUGGGCCAAAAGAACUGCUAUGGGCAAGUUGAUGACUCGUGAAUGGUUCUCAACAUGUUUUAAGUAUCUGAAACAAGAACCGAGAGAUUCUUCUGCAGACAAGUUCCGUAUGGCCAGCGCGAUGAUGCUUCUGUAUGCCUUCGAGCUGAUGAUUCGUGACGAGUUGACGGUCGCAACAUUUGAUGAUAUUAAGGAGGAGACUCUAGCAGUGUUUGAGGACGGCAGCGACAAACAUCAGCAUCGAGCGACUGCAGAAAUCCUUGGUGGUCUCAUCAGCUCUGUUAUGGAUAGUAGUAUUGAGCUGAGAAAACUUGUAUGGGAAUUUGCCUUUCCAAUAAUUCGAAAGGUCUUUUCGGAUGGAUUGACACCCGAGAAUUCUGGCUAUUGGACAACCUUUCUACACAUGAUCCUGCAAGGACGAGAUCCAAGGCGCGCUUGGCCGCUGGUUGACUGGCUCGCCAGUUUUAAACUCGACAUCGAUUCUAAUGCAGCCUUCAAAGAGAGCUCGAAGAUACAUCUUCUCCACCAAUGCAUUGUCGACGCAGGAUGGCACUUUCAGCUUGACAAGACCAUCACUCAGGACUUUGUAGCACAUAUUGAUCAUCCAUACAAAGGCGUCCGAGAAGCUAUGGGUCAAACGCUUGCAUCAAUCUUUCGGACAAGAUAUCACGAGUCUUUCCGGAGCGUUGAUGAGCUGGUCGAGACCCAGAGGACAGCUUCGCCUAUUGGUGUACAGCCGUACAGGCCUACCAAAGAAUUCUCAGCGAUGAUGGACGACAUCUUCUCGAGAAUCGAAAGAUGGCGACAUGAGCGGCCACCAGGGCAACAGUCCCCUUCGGCGUACACGUCAGGCAGCAAGACAACAUUGCUGCUACUCGACUCCAUGCUCUCUUCUUAUGAAUGCACUCAGCUUCUCUCCUUCUUUCCCAAUCUGUUUACCGAGCAACUGCUACACAUGAUGGAUGUUAAGGAAGACCCAGAGCUGGCUAGCUUGGCUUACCAUGUGUUCCGCCAUCUGCCGAACAUUCCUCAUCGUCUUGGUGAGGACACCGACUUAAUCGAUGUACUUAUCCGGAUAGGUCGGACAUCCUCUUCGUGGCAUCAGCGUCUUCGGGUAAUGAUUAACAUGCAAAUCAUAUUUUUCAGGCGCCUUUUCCUUUUGUCGAACGAAAACCGUCAGAAACUGUUUGAUUGUGUUGCCAGCAUGCUCGAAGAUACACAGCAUGAAGUUCGUGCUGGGGCUUCUGCAACUCUAUCGGGCAUGAUUCGCUGCUCGCCAGUUGACUUGCGCGAUCGUAUGGUCGGACAGUUACGAGAUCGAUUUACGAAAAUGCUUGUUGACCAUCCUCUGCCCAAGAAGCCAAAGACUGUCAUUUCAGGUCUCUCCUCUGCCCGCACCACUGGAACUAACACUCCUACACCUGAACAACAGAGACUGGUGAUCAUCCGACAUGCUGCUGUGUUGGGCUUAGGCUCCCUGAUACAGGCAUUCCCUUAUUCAAGUCCUCCACCGAGCUGGAUGCCGGCCGUGCUCAUUACGCUGAGUAAUAAAGCCGCAAAUGAUCCCGGAAAUGUCGGCUCGAGCGUGAAAAGCAUAAUCAGCGACUUUAAGAAGACUCGGCAGGAUACCUGGCACAUAGACAUGAAGGCGUUCCGCCCGGACCAGCUUGAAGAUCUCUCUGGGGUGUUAUGGAAAAGCUAUUUCGCAUGA